CUUCUCAUAAUUCUUAGCGUUUUCACCGUGUAUAGAAAGAAAGAACAGUGGGGUUAAAGAGAGAAAUCACAACACAAGAAACUGCAAGAGAGAAAGAAAGUGAGAAACGAGAGCAAUAAAGAGGGAAAUAAACUGAUGAAUCACCCAAAGCAUAAUUCUUUCUUUCUUCAGUUCUUUCCACUCGUAAAUCCUAUCUGAUCAGUUCCUUCCUUUCGUUCUUGUUCAUUUUUUCUUAUGGCUGAAGCUGGAGUUCUUGAAAAGGUUACUAAUGAGGCCAUGAGGAUUUUGAGUGUCUUGAAAGAAUUGAAAUUCAAGAAAUCUUCGAAGGUGCUGGAGGUUACAAUGACAAAGGAAACAGAGUUAAAGAAAGAAUUGGAGAAACUAGUAAAGACAAUUCUUGUCGAGGAGGAUUAUAGAGUGGAGGUUACUGACGAGGCCAUGAGGAUUUUAAGUGUCUUGAAAGAAUUGAAAUUCAAGAAAUCUUCGAAGGUGGUGGAGGUUACAAUGACAAAGGAAACAGAGUUAAAGAAAGAAUUGGAGAAACUAGUAAAGACAAUUCUUGUCGAGGAGGAUUAUAGAGUGGAGGUUACUGAUGAGGCCAUGAGGAUUUUGAGUGUCUUGAAAGAAUUGAAAUUCAAGAAAUCUUCGAAGGUGGUGGAUAAUACAGUUAUCCCUGAAGAAUUUAUAUGUCCCAUUUCGAAGAAGAUAAUGAAUGACCCUGUUGUCCUGGCUACUGGACAGACCUACGAUCGACCAUUCAUCCAAAGAUUGCUAAAUGAAGGGCACAGAACAUGUCCCCAGACCCAGCAAGUCAUUUCUCAUACUUUCCUGACCCCUAAUCAUUUGGUGCAAGAAAUGAUUUCAAAGUGGUGUAUGGAGCGUGGAAUUGAGCUACCAAAACCCCUAGUUGAUGAUGAUGUGCAUACUGAUGCUGACAGAGUCUAUUUGAAGUCACUGCUUGAAAAGACGUCCUCUUCCCUUUCUGAUCAAAAAGAAGCUGCAAAAGAGCUUCGGCGUCUAACUAAAAGCAUGCCAUCAUUUCGGGCCCUUUUCAGUGACUCAACCGAUGCCAUUCCUCAAUUGCUCAAUCCACUAUCACCAGGCAGAGCUAACACUCACCCUGAUCUGCAAGAAGAUUUGAUUACAACAAUUUUCAACCUCUCCAUUCAUGAAAAUAAUAAGCAGCUAUUUGCAGAAAAUCCACAUGUCAUCCCUCUGCUUGUUGAAUCUGUAAGAUCUGGAACCAUUGAAACAAGAAGAAAUGCUGCUGCCGCUCUCUUCUCCUUAUCAGCCCUAGAUUCAAACAAGCUCAUUAUUGGAAAAUCUGGUGCUCUCAAACCUCUAAUUGGCCUUUUAGAAGAAGGGCAUCCACCGGCAAUGAAGGAUGCUGCAUUGGCAAUAUUCAAGCUUUGUCUUGUCCUUGAGAAUAGAGUCAGGGCUGUCCAAGAAGGGGCAGUCAGGGUAAUCCUAAAAAAGAUAAUGGAUUGCAUCCUUGUUGAUGAGUUGUUGGCUACUCUUGCAAUACUUACUAGCCAACAGGAGGCUGUUCAGGAAAUGGGGCUACUUGGUGCGGUGCCUUGCUUAAUUGACAUUAUAAGGGACAGUAGUUCUGAGCGCAACAAGGAGAAUUGUGCUGCGAUUUUACAUACAAUCUGUCUAAAUGACCGCACUAAAUGGCGGGCCGUCAUGGAAGAGGAAAAGGCCAAUGCUACACUUUCGAUACUUGCUGAGCAUGGGACUUCAAGAGCCAAGAGGAAAGCUAAUGGCAUCCUCAAGAUACUGAAUGGAGCUGCUUCAAUCAUACAUACUCUAUGACGAAAUAAAUCGCUUGGUCCGAAGAUAUUGCCAAUUAGUUCUUGUACAUCCUGCCUUCCUUCACUCUCUCAUUGUACAGACCAACAGUUAGCUCAUUUACUGUAAAAAGUUCAGUGUCGGUACAUUUUUCCUAUUCUGUCCCAGGAAAGUUUUGGACCAUCUAAGGGUAACACAUGAGCAAAGAUCAUAAGGUCUUACAUCC